AUGUCCCAGCAGGUCUCGCAGCAGCUCCAGGCCGUCGGCGUCGAAGAGGACAAGGCCUACUACCUCGGCCGGUAUGGCGUAAAGGGCCUCCAGUACGGCUGCCUCCUCGCCACGCCACUCUACGCCGUCCGCGCCCUGCGCCGCGGCACUUUUAGCCUGCGCGGUCUCAUGCGCGCAAACUGGAUCACGCCCGCCGCCGGCGCAGGCCUCGGCUCCGCCACGGGCCUCAUCACCGCCGCCAACCUGGACCACAAGAGCCUCUCGGCCUCGGCACAGAACCUCAGAUUGGACGCAAACCGCGUGCGCUCCGACGACCUGCACCUCAUCGGCUCCGUCCUCGGCGCGCUCGUCAUCCCCGCCCUCUUCCUCCGGAGGGUGGGCCUCAUCAAUGGCCUCCUCGGCGGCGCCGGCGUGGGCGGAUCCAUCGGCCUCAUCACGCAUCAGGUGCAGCGGUACUCGUCGGCCUCGUCGGCGGCCGACGGCGCAAAGAGCCAGGUCCAGUCGGACCUCCGGUCACUGCGCGACGGCGCGAAAAACGUCGUCGACAAGGUCGAGCAGAAGCUCUAG